CCCAACCCUUAUCUUCUCCGACCUAAUUCCUCCAUUUUCAAUUUCACAGAGAGAGUAUGAACGGUUGGAGUGCAAGGCUCGCUCUUGUCCGGUGCCGGCGCGGGGGUGCUGGUGCUGCUCUCCUCCUUCCGCUCAUUCGCGAUCUUAUUGAAUUUGUCGUCCCAUACGUAUCCCGACGAGCCUUGUCGCCGGAACGAUAUAGCAGAUCCCUGCAAGCUCGACCUCGAGAUUCGUCUGCAGCUCAAAAAUUUUCAUCAAACUCCAUGGCUCAUAAUCAGUACUAUUUAAAAACACAGAGCCACGCAUCGUUUUGCACAUCUGCAGCCAAACUCGACUCAGAGGAAGGCGAUGAAGAACCACAAAGAAUAAAUGUAACUUUUGUGGACAAAGACGGAGAGGAGAAGCAUAUCAGUGUCCCUGAGGGGUUUUCAAUGCUAGAAGCUGCUCAUGACAAUGAUAUAGAUCUUGAAGGAGCAUGUGAAGGUACAAUGGCUUGUUCCACUUGCCAUGUUAUCGUCAUGGAUGUAGACCAAUAUAAUAAAUUACCAGAUCCAGUCGAUGAGGAAUUGGACAUGUUAGAUCUUGCAUUUGGCCUUACAAAAACGUCUCGCCUAGGCUGUCAAGUAAUUGCAAAACGCGAACUUGAUGGACUUCGUCUAGCACUUCCGUCAGCUACUUCAUGAUCAUGUAGGUACCCCAGCGUCCUCGAGCCAUCUGUAAGUAGAGUUCUAUACGGAUGAUGAAAGAAGUCGGGAGCAUAUUUUUCGCAGUUGUGAUUCGUUUAAAACCAUGAGUCAAUACUCUGUUGGUUUUGUGGCGUUUUGGAUAAUAGGAACUCAGGGAUUGCCUAAUAUUCUUCAAUUUUUGUAGUAUGAGCCAUUUAUUUCGUAGUGCUGUAUAAUUGUUAUUAUCACUGUAGCUGUGUAGCAUGAUUCGAGUAAUUGAUUUACGUUAUGUGGUAUCCUAAUUAUUGUUUUUAUAAUUAAAAAAUUAAGUUAAUAGCA